UCAACUCAUAUUUCAAGACCUUCAUUAACAUUAUCAUCAAUCAAAUCACAAUGUCCGAUCCCGCCAGCCAACUCCGCAUCCAAGACAGCAAGCAGAGGCUCAAGCAGGCAUACGACAACGCCGUCAGCACCAAAGAAAGUGCCGAGUCCGAUUUCAAGGAAGCGCAGGACGCUGGCUUCACUGAUGGUCAAGACUUCAAGCAAUGGUCUGUUCAGAACGCGCCUGUAUGGAGCGUAGCCCUAAAUGAAUACCAAGGAGCAAAGGCUGCGUACAGCGCGGCACUUCAACAUGGCGACAACGAAGCUUCCCAGGCUUGGGAGAAGAAGUACAGAGAGGCAGUGUUGGGAGACAACCCUGCAAGGCCCGAUUACGAUGUUCUCGUCGAGCCUUGAAUCUUAGUAUAGACACGUUAAUGUCAUGCUGCUAUUCCUGAUAGCAAGUAACCCGCUUAUCUCUCAAGUAAUAGAUUUUCAAAUGGCCAAG